AUGCAUCUGCUGGGGCACCUCCUGCCCACCCUGGCCCUGCUCCUGGGCUACCUGGCUGUCACUCUGCCAGCAGCAGGGUCCCCAGGCUGGGCCUGGGUCCCCAACCACUGUAGGAGCCCCAGCGAAGCCAUGUGCAACUUCGUGUGUGACUGCAGGGACUGCUCAGACGAGGCCCAGUGUGGUCACCACGGGGCAUUGCCUGUCCUGGGCACUCCCUUCACCUGCGACUUUGAGCAGGACCCCUGUGGCUGGCGGGAUAUCAGCACCUCAGGCUACAGCUGGCUCCGAGAUCGGGCAGGGGCCACACUGGAGGGUCCUGGGCCUCACUCAGAUCACACGCUUGGCACUGACCUGGGCUGGUACAUGGCUGUAGGAACCCAUCGUGGGAAGGAGGCGUCCACGGCGGUUCUGCGCUCCCCCGUCCUGCGUGAGGCGGCCCCCACCUGUGCGCUGCGGCUGUGGUACCAGGCGGCCUCUGGAGAUGUGGCUCACCUGCGGCUGGAGCUGACCCACGGCAAGGAGACACUGACCUUGUGGCACAGCUCGGGACCGUGGGGCCCUGUCUGGCAGGAGGUGGUGGUGACCACUGGCCGCAUCCAGGGUGACUUCCAAGUGACCUUCUCUGCCACCCGAAAUGCCACCCACAGGGGUGCCGUGGCUUUGGAUGACGUGGAGUUCUGGGACUGUGGGCUGCCCAUCCCCCAAGCCAGCUGCCCCCUGGGACACCACCACUGCAGCAACAAGGCCUGCGUGGAGCCCCACCAGCUGUGCGAUGGGGAGGACAACUGCGGGGACCGCUCAGACGAGGACCUGCUCACCUGCGGCCACUACACAGCCACCGACUUUGAGACAGGCCUGGGCCCGUGGAACCUCUCAGAAGGCUGGGCCCGGGACCACGGUGCAGGUGACCGAGAGAACCCCAGCUGGCCGAGCCAUGACCACAGCCAGAACAGUGUGCAGGGCUUCUUUCUGGUCUCCGUGGCUGAGCUCGGCACCCCAGCUAUCCUUUCCAGCCCCAAGUUCCAAGCCUCAGGCCACUACAACUGCUCACUCAUCUUCUAUCACUACCUGCACGGGUCAGAGGCCGGCCUACUCCAGCUGUUCUUGCAGACUCAGAGUCCCGGCGACCCCCAGGCUCCUGUCCUGCUGCGGAGGCGCCACGGGGAGCUGGGGGCCACCUGGAUCCGAGACCGGGUUGACAUCCAGAGUGACCACCCCUUCCAGGUCCUCCUGGCUGGGCAGACGGGCCCCGGAGGCAUCGUGGGCCUGGACGACCUCAUCCUGUCUGAACACUGCAAAAUAGUCCCAGAGGUGUCCGCCCUGCAGACGCUGCCUCCUGGGCCCUGGGUCCCUCUCCCCAAGUCCCAGCCGUCCCACCCGUGGCUCCGGGAUUAUUGCGAGUCAGGGCAUCUGUCCUGUGGGGACCUGUGUGUGCCCCCGCAGCAGCUGUGUGACUUCCAGCAGCAGUGUGUGGGGGGCGAGGACGAGCAGGAGUGCGGCACUACAGACUUCGAAUCCGCCGUGGCUGGGGGCUGGGAAGACGCCAGCGUGGGGCGGUUGCAGUGGCAGCUCAUAGCCCACGAGGGCAGGGGGCCUGGUGCAGACGCCAGCAGGGCUGCUGCUGCUGGGCACUUCCUGUCUCUGCAGAGGGCCUGGGGGCAGCGGAGGGCCGAGGCCCGCGUCCUCACGCCCCCCCUGGGCCCCUCCGGCCCCAGCUGUGUGCUCUGCCUGGCUUACUAUUUCCACAGUAACCCCCAAGGCUUCCUGGCGCUGGUCGUGGUGGAGGGCGGCUUCCGGGAGCUGGUGUGGCAGGCCCCAAGCAGCAGCGCUGGGGACUGGAAGGAAGACAGGGUCCUUCUCGGGGCACGAAGCCGGCCGUUCCACCUGGAGUUCAUCGGUCUGGUGGAUUUGGAUGGCCCUGGCCAGCAGGGGGCUGGGGUGGACAAUGUGACCUUGAGGGACUGCAGCCCUGCACUGACCACGGAGAAAGACCGAGAGGUCUCCUGUAACUUUGAGCGGGACACCUGUGGCUGGCACACUGGCCACCUCACAGAUGCCCACUGGCACUGGAUCAAGAGCCAUGGCCCUGGGUAUGACCACACCACCGGUCAAGGCUACUUCAUGCUGCUGGACCCCACAGACCCCCCUGCCCGGGGCCACGGUGCCCACCUACUCACCAGGCCCCAGGUGCCAGCAUCUGCUGAGGAGUGUCUCAGCUUCUGGUACCACCUCUAUGGGCCUCAGAUUGGGACUCUGCGCCUGGCCAUGAGACGGGACGGGGAGGAGGACACAUACCUGUGGUCCCGGUCGGGCACCCAUGGCAACCACUGGCAUGAGGCUUGGGCCACCCUCCACCACCAGCUGGACUCCAACACUCAGUACCAACUGCUGUUCGAGGGCCUCCGGGAUGGCUACCAGGGCACCAUGGCGCUGGACGACCUGGCCGUGCGGCCUGGUCCCUGCUGGGCCCCCAAGCGCUGCUCCUUCGAGGACUCCACCUGUGGCUUCACCCCCGGGGGACAAAGCCUGUGGAGGCGCCAGGCCAAUGCCUCAGGCCAUGCCACCUGGGGCCCCCAAACAGACCACACCACAGAGACGGCUCAAGGGUACUACAUGGUGGUAGACACGAGCCCCCAGGCCCUGCCCCAGGGCCACGUGGCCUCCCUGACCUCAGAGGAACACAGGCCUCUGGCCCAGCCUGCCUGCCUGACCUUCUGGUACCACCUGAGUCUCAGCAACCCAGGCACCCUGCAGGUCCAUGUGGAAGAGGGCAGGAGGCACCAGGUGUUCAGCGUCAGUGCCAGCGGUGGGUUUGCCUGGCGCCUGGGCAGCGUGGAUGUGCAGGCUGAGCGGGCUUGGAGGGUGGUGUUCGAGGCCGUGGCAGCCGGCAUGGAGCAUUCCUACGUGGCGGUGGAUGACCUGUUCCUCCAGGACGGGGCCUGCCCUCGGCCAGGUUCCUGUGACUUCGAGUCUGGUCUGUGUGGCUGGAGCCACCUGGCCUGGCCUGGCCUGGGCAGGUACAGCUGGGACUGGAGUGGUGGCACCACACCCUCCCGCUAUCUCCAGCCCCCCGUGGACCACACCCUGGGCACAGAGGCAGGACACUUUGCCUUCUUUGAAACCAGCGUUCUGGGCUCUGGGAGCCAGGCGGCCUGGCUGCGCAGUGAGCCACUGCCAGCUACGCAGGCCUCCUGCCUCUGCUUCUGGUACUACAUGGGCUUUCCUGAGCACUUCUACAAGGGCGAGCUGAGGGUGCUCCUGAGAAGCACGCAGGGCCAGCUGGCCGUGUGGGGCACGGGCGGGCAUCUGCGGCACCAGUGGCUGGAAGUCCAGGUGGAGGUGGCCAGCACCAAAGAGUUCCAGAUCGUGUUUGAAGCCACUCUGGGAGGCCAGCCAGCCCUGGGGCCCAUUGCCCUGGAUGACGUUGAGUAUCUGGCCGAGCAGCGUUGCCAGCGGCCUACACCCGGCCAGGGGGACACGGAUGUGCCUGUGUCGGUGCCGGCCGUGGUCGGCGGCACCGUCCUCCUCCUCAUGCUCAUGGUGCUGCUGGGAGUCGGGGGACGGCACUGGCUGCGCAGAAAGGGGGGCUGCCCCUUCCAGAGUGAGACGGAGGCUGUGGCCCCCGGCUUUGACAACGUCCUCUUCAACACGGAUCACGUCACUCUCCCGGCGUCUGUCACCAACGGUCCAUAGACCACCCCAGACAAGGUCCUGGCUCCUUGCAAGAACAUCCCCAACACUCAAGACCCCAGAACUACGACCUUGGCCAGGGACUGGACACCUGCCCCUACCCCCAGGCUGAGCCAGGCUGCAGAGUCUUGGAGGACACACUGAGCCUCCGUGUCCCUCACCCUGUUCAGGGACUCUGCCCGCCAUGUGGCUGGGGGGUCCUGCCCCAUGCCUGUGGGGGCAACCCAAGCUCACAGGCUGAGUCAGUGCGUCCACAUGCCGCCAGCCAGUGGGUAGGCAGGCCUCGUCAGGAUUCCCACACCUGACCUGAGAAGAUCUGAGAACGAGCUUGGGGCAUCUCCUUGCGUCUCAAUGCAGCUCGGAAGCUAGAGACUGAGGGCAGCCCUGCCCCACGUGUGUCGGGUGAAAGAAGCAGGCAGGCCCCACCCAGAACAAGGGCGGGGCAGGCACGGAGGCAACCCAGCAGAACCCGGAGCAGCUGCCACCCCAGGCUGGGCAGAAACAAGCGCCCCAGCCCCCGGCCUUGUCCAGCCCCUGUCCAGCCCCUGCCUCGCGGGUGAUUCUGCGUCUACUGAGGACGGGAAUGGAAUAAAUCCACAGGUGCAGGGACACACUGAGGAGCAAAAAUGUACUGAGCCGUCUGACAGAGCGGGCCUGGGGGGACACACCCCAGCCGUGUCCACCGUCUGUGAUAAAGGUCCCUGUUCCACUCUGCUGUCUGCAAUAAACGUCUCUGUAUUCACUGUCCCCAA